UCUAGUCAGUUCGUAGGCGGUGCGCUUCUUAAGCAUCUGCAAGAGCCAGUAAAAAGCGCAGGAAAGUGACGCGAGGUAGGUUAGAGGGAGGGUGUUUCUCAGCAGAUAGUUCAAUCUCGGUCUUCAACUCCUCAAAACACCCCACUCGGCUCACAACAUUACAUCUCAGAGAUCUCUCUCGAAGCUCCUCAGCUUGUCAUCUCUGGAUAUAUUCACCUUCCGUGACGGUGUUGCUCAUUUUCGAUUGAACAUUUUUACCUCGAGUCUUUGGAUCUCUCCGGAAACUCAUCGUAGGGCUGAUAUUCCUCUGACAGUCUGGCAACUAAGAGGACCCGUAAAUCAAACCUAAUCGAAUAGCUGACAGCCUAAUUCGCCCUUGCAAAUAUAUUCUGCUGCACCGACAUGGUGUAUUGUAUAUAAUUUUCUUGAGAUCAAUUGCGAAUGCCGCGCGUUUAAGCUUUCUUGAGUCAAGCUUGUUAAGGGCAGUUUGGCUUUCCUCCUUUGUUGAGAUUUUUUCGAAGGUUUACGUAUAAGACCUGGAGGAGAGUAACCCAUAUCCAGGUCGAGUUCAUAUGGACAUUGCAACAAGUUUUAGGUCAACGGAGAAGCUUUUCUCAGCGAGGAAUCAUUCCUCCAGUGCUAAGAUGCUAGACGGCAUUAAAAUAGAAGAUCACAUAAGGACAGGACCAGCAAGUUUGGGAGUUAUGCUUGGUAAUGAGUGCCACCAUCCAGCGAUUUGCGAGGGAUGUCAGCGGCCCAUCUCUGACCGGUUCCUCAUGCGCGUCAACGACUCGUCCUGGCACGAGGACUGUUUGCAAUGCGCGGUGUGUCAACAGCCGCUUACCACGACCUGUUACUACCGAGACAGAAAACUAUACUGCAAACUGGACUACCAACAGUUAUUUGCCACCAAAUGCAGCGGCUGCUUGGAGAAGAUUGCGCCCACGGAGUUUGUGAUGCGGGCGCUGGAGAGUGUCUACCACCUGGGCUGCUUCUGCUGCUGCGUGUGCGAGCGCCAGCUCUGUAAGGGCGACGAGUUUGUCCUCAAGGAGGGACAGCUGCUCUGCAAGAGCGACUACGAGCGCGAGAAGGAGCUGCUCAACUCGGUCAGCCCCGAGAACUCCGACUCAGACAAAAGUGAGGAUGAAGACUUAGACGUGAAGCCAGAGAAGGGCACAGGAGGCCAGGGCAAGGGCAGUGACGAUGGUAAAGACCCCCGCAGACCCAAGAGACCCCGCACCAUCCUCACCACCCAACAGAGACGUGCCUUCAAAGCCUCAUUCGAGGUCUCUUCCAAACCUUGCCGAAAGGUAAGAGAGACCCUGGCGGCUGAGACAGGCCUGAGUGUGCGAGUGGUCCAGGUGUGGUUCCAGAACCAAAGAGCCAAGAUGAAGAAGUUGGCACGCAGACAGCAGCAGCAGCAAGAACAGCAGAACUCCCAGAGACUCGGUCAAGAAGUGAUCUCUGGCCGUAUGGAGGGCCUAAUGAGCUCGUACACACCACUGGGUCCCCCCCAGCAACAGCAGCUGGUCGCCAUGGAGCCCAACGGCUACAGCACUGACCCCUUCCAACAAGGCCUCACCCCACCACAGAUGCCUGGAGAUCAUAUGAACCCAUAUGGUGAGCAGAACUACAACACGUAUUACGGGACUGACUCUGUGUUCCAUGACAUCGACAGCGACACAUCCCUCACCAGCCUGAGUGACUGCUUCCUGGCUGCCUCCGAGGCUGGCUCCCUGCAGUCCCGUGUGGGAAACCCCAUCGAUCGCCUCUACUCCAUGCAGAGCUCAUACUUUGCCUCCUGAAGCCCAACACUAUGUUCAUCUCUACAAGCCAACAAAGCAACCAAACAAACAAGCAAGCAACCAACCAAACAACCAUCCAAAACUGACAACUAUGAACACGAGCCUCUGCUUUCACAAAGCUGCCAGCGUAAAUCAGAUCGCACUGUGGUCUGGGCCUCUGACUUCCGCAGGCUCGCCAAUUAGAGUGAAGAGGAAACGGACAGACUGGAAGACAACACAGGCCAUGUGCUUUCUUCUCCUGCCUAUAGAUGGGGUAUGGUGGCUAAUGCAGUUGAAAGCGACACUCGCCUGGUCUGCAAACUGUCGUCACGGACAAAAAAAGGAUAAUGAACGAUUUCACCUUUCUGUGUUAUUCAGAUAGGAAAAAUAAAUAAUAACUUGCUUGUCAGUCGGUCAGAAAAAAAACUGAUUUGUUUUGAGAAUGUGGACCAGAGUGACUAGGUCGACAUGUUUAAGAAGUCAACAAAUUCAGCUUUAAAUUGUGGACUGUGAUCAUUUUUCUUUGUUUGUUUGUUUAUUGUUUUUCGUUGAAAUUGACUAAUAAACUUGCUUCAGUGUAUUGCUUGAACAUAAUUUUGUAAUGACAUAGGUGCGACAUUUAGAGGUCGUCUUGACAUUUGUAAUAAUAUAUCUCAUACCGAUGUUUUCAAUUAACCCCCUUUAUUUCCUCUAAUGCCCUUGCUGUGAUCACCAUGACAGUGCCACAGAAUGAAAAGUCAGAAGAAACACAGGAUUGACUCAAAGGGAAAAAUCUCAUGGACACACUAGUGUAUUUCAAAUGUAUAUAGAUGUACAACAAAACUCAUGUCCGACCCGCCGUGCAUGUUGAAAUGGACAUCUCUCUAUUUAUUGAAGUGCAACAUGCGCCCUGUAAUACUGAGGGGGAGAAAAAAAGCUUUAUUUAAAACUAAGGACCCCAGUGUAAAAGUAGAAGGUGCCAUAAGCAUAUGAUAAUGUGUCUUUUUUGGAUUAUGAGAUUGAAAGUAGUAUUUUUGUUUCUGUUGAUGUUUUAAAGAUAAAAGAGAUAUAGGCUGUACAUCUGUUUCGCUGUGCUUAUUUAUUUGUUCCUUAGGUGUGCUGUGGCCCUGUCCAGAGUGCAUUUUUAUUACUCCUAUUUGCUAAAUUACCAAAGUUUGUUGGUAUUACAAAUAAAAAC